AUGGAAGUCAUUAUUGUAGAAUAUCCAUGAAACACCAAAAUGUCAGUGAUGAACAGAAGUGUUAGUGUGCUGAGCAAAAACAUUAGAAAUUGUUUUGUAAGACGUCAUGUUAAGCGUUCGUUGUCAUCGGAAGCUGGACCUCUUUUUCCCGGGGCCAAAACAUCAUGGACAGAAUCCUUCGAUUUCACAGGGAAGCAUUCCUACGCGCCAAUACCAGUAUACCGAGUGAUGGACCGCAGAGGCAACAUAAUAAAUCCUGACGAAGAGCCGAAACUGCCGGACGAAACCAUUCUCAAGAUGUACAAAGACAUGACGUUGCUCAACGUAAUGGACAAAAUACUCUACGAAUCUCAAAGACAAGGUCGAAUUUCCUUCUACAUGACCAACUACGGCGAGGAGGCCACCCAGAUAGGCAGCGCCGCCGCCUUGGACCUCGAGGACAUCGUCUACGGCCAGUACCGGGAAGCAGGCGUGCUGAUGUGGCGCGGCUUCACGCUGCAGCAGUUCGUGGACCAGUGCUACGGGAACAAGGACGACCGGGGGCAAGGCAAGCAGAUGCCCAUACACUACGGCAGCAAGGAGCUGAACUUCAUCACGAUAUCCAGUCCGCUGAGCACCCAGAUGCCUCAGGCAGUAGGUUCGGCGUACGCCUUGAAAGGCCGAAACCGCGUGGUGAUCUGCUACUUUGGGGACGGUGCCGCCUCCGAAGGGGACGCCCACGCAGCCCUCAACUUCGCCGCCACCCUCGACUGCCCCGUGCUGAUGUUCUGCAGGAACAACGGCUACGCCAUCUCCACUCCCGUCGAGGAGCAGUACGGGGGAGACGGCGUGGCGGCGCGCGGGCCGGCGUACGGCAUGCACACAGUGCGGGUGGACGGGAACGACGUCUUUGCCGUCUAUAACGCGACGAGGAGGGCCAAGGAGUAUGCGCUGCGGGAGAGCAAGCCCGUGCUCAUCGAGGCGAUGACUUACAGGGUUGGCGACCACUCGACGUCAGAUGACAGCUCCGCCUACAGGUCCCCGGACGAGGUCAAGCAAUGGAGCACCAACGACUAUCCCACCGACAAGCUGCGCUUCCACAUGGAAAGCAGAGGCCUGUGGGACAAAGAGAAGGAGAAAGAGUGGCAGCAGCAGGCGCGGAAGGACGUGAUGGCGGCCUUCCAAGCGGGAGAAGUCAAGCACAAACCGCACUGGUCGGUGAUGUUCGAUGAAGUGUACAAGUUCGUUCCGCCUCACUUGCAGAAACAAAAAGCAGACAUGAAAGAACACAUGGAUAAAUAUAAGGAGCAUUAUCCUCUAGACAAGUUUGACGGAAAAUAGCCAUAGUGUUCAUCAAUAAGUAUAAAGAUUUUGAAAUUUAUAUUAAACAUGACAAAACAG